AUGACGGCCGUCAUGGACGCCCGCCUCGCCUCGCUCGAGUCCGAGCUCGCGAGCGUGAAAGCCAAGGCGGACGCGGACGCCAUCGACCACGAGCACGUGCAGCAAAACAUGCACGCGCGAUACGCCGCGCUCGAGUCCGAGCACACCGCCGCGGUCGUCGAGCGCGACGCGCUGAAGGGCCAGCUCGCGGCGGCGAGGGACGAGCUCGCGGCCGCGAAGGCGACGAGUAACGCCCUGGACGUCUCCGUCGUGCAGCACGCCGCGUCCGCGGAGAGGCUCAAGGCGGAGCUCCGCGAGGCGAACGCGUCCAGACGCGAGCUCGUCGAACGCGCGGAGCAAAAGAACCUCGAGCUCGCGGAGAAGGGCAAGACGGCGGAGGAGUACCUCGCCAAGGUGGUCGCCGCGUCCGAGGAGCGCGCGCGAUGCGAGGCGCAGCUCAGGGAGGCGAACAACAGGGCGACCGCGUUCGAGAGCGCCAAGGCGCGGAUGGAGCGAGAGGCGACGCUGAUGCAGCAGCACAACGACUGGCUCCGCGCGGAGCUCGGGAAAAAGUCGGAGGAGCUUCUCGCCGCGCGCAAGGCGUCGAGCGCGGACGCGCUCGAGCGCGCGAACGAACUCGAGGCGGCGAAGAAGGACGCCGCGGGCGCGCACCGCGCGAGCGCGAGCGCGAGAGAGACCGCGGCCGCGGCGGAGCAGCGCGCGGGGAAACUCGCGGAGGAACUGCGCGCGUCGCGAGAGGCCAACGCGAAAGUCGAAGCGCACUUCGACAAGGAGCUCGCGACCGCCAAACGCCUCGCCGAGCUGUACAAGAAACAGGCUGAGGGCCGGGGCGAGAAGACGACCGAGCUCGAGGGCGUGCUCACGGCGCUCAGGGACCACCUCGCGGAGGUGAAGGCGGACGCGGAGGAGAAGACGCGACGCGCGGAGGAGGCGACGCGCGCGGCGGAGAAGGCGGCGGCGGAGGCCAAACAAAAGUACCAGACGGCGGCGCUCGCGCUGCCUCCCCCGGGCGGCGUGGUGUCGCCCGGGCAGGAGAACAUCGGCGGCAUGGUCGCGGUCGUUCAGGUCGCCCCGGCGGCGACGCCGACGCUGUCGGACGUGGGCGUCGCCGCCGCGAGCGGCCGCGCCGCGGGGGCGCUGCUCUCGAUUCAACACCCCGACGCCGCCGCCGCGUCGCUUCGACGCGAGAACCUCUCCAUGACGGAGUUGUACACCAAGUACGCGGAAGCCGCGGACGCGUGGAGGAAAGAGUGCGCGGAGCGACGGCGUUUGCAGGCGACGAUCGACGGCAUGAUCGCCGAGCUCGAGCAGCGCGCGCCGCUUCUCGCGGAGCAACGCGCGGAGUACGAGCGCGCCGUCAACGCGCACGCGGAGAUGCGCGUGCGUCUGGAGGAGAGCACGGUGGAGCUGAGACGGCUCGAGACGGAGCAGCGAUCGAUCGCGACGGAGAAGAGGCACCACGCGAGGGUCGUCAAGGGGCUCGAGGCGCAGUCCGCGGAUCUGUCGCGCCAGGUGUCGCUGCUGUUGGCGGAGGUGCAGGAGCUCAAGGGGGGCGGCGGCGGCGGCGGCGCGGUGGGAUCCGCGGCGAUCGCCGCCGCCGCGAGCGAGCUGCGCGGCGACUCCGGCGCGGUCAUCACGUCCACGCUGGUCGAUUUCCGAGACAUCUCCGAGCUUCAAGAGCAGAACCGCCGGCAGCUCGAGGUGAUUCGGCAGCUCUCCGCGGAUCAAGAGGAGGAGCAAGUGCGCCUCAAGGAGGAGUACGAGCGGGCGAUUGAAAAAGUCCAGGCGGACGGCCAAAAGCAAAUCGAGGAUUUAAACUCGAGAAAGUCGAAAACGCAGACGAUGGUGGACGCCAUCGUGCGACAGCGAGACAUGUACAAGGCUCUGUACGCGUCCUCGAGCGGCACCGUCGUCGGCGGCGCGGCGAACGCGGACGCGGCGGCGAUGAACAUCGCCGCCGCCGCCGCGGCGUCGCUCGCGAAGCGUCCGGCGUUGACGCCCACGGACGGCAACGGCAUGGGCGUCGACGCGAACGCGAUCGCGGCGCUCAACGCGGAGCUUCAACAGGAGCUCGCGAAGCUCAAGGAGGAGUCGAGCGCGAACGCGGACGUCCUUCGCGCCGCCGCGGACGAGCACCGAGGCGUCGCCGCGGCGGCCAAGGCGGAGACCGCCGUCGCGAAAGCGGAGGCUGAGUUCGAACGCGGUCGGUACGAAGCCCUCGCGGAGUCCGCGGCGGUCGCGCGCCGCGACGUCGAGUCGCUCGUGGAGAAGAACUCCGCUUCCGCGAGACAGCUCGCCGAACACGAAGCCGCGCUUCGGGAGCAGAGCGCGAAGCUCGACGCCGCGGAUGACAGAGCCGAACGCGCGCUGCUGCACGUCGCGGAGCAGCGCGCCGCGGAAACCGCCGCUACCGUGACCGCGGAGAAGGCGAAGCUCGAGGCGUCGCGCGACGCCGCGCUCGCGGUGCAGGCGGCGAGGCAGGAGGAGAUUAGCCGCGAGCGCGAGCGCCUCGCGGGCGAAGUCGCGCGUCUGCAGAAGGAGUGGGCGGCGAUUCAGUCCUCGCUCGAGACGGAGCGCGAGCGCGCGCGAUCCGCGGCGGCCGCGGCCGCGGCGGCGAACGAAAAGGCGGCGACGCGCGCGGCGGAGGACGAGGCGAACGCCGCGAGGCUGCGCGAGGCGAAGAGCGACGCGGAGACCAAAGCGCAAGUCGCGGAGGCGCGCGCCAAGGUUCUAGAGCAGCAGCUCGCCAAGGCUGAGGAACGCGUCAAGCUCGCGAUCCGCCCCGCCUCUCUUCCCGGCGUAGGCUCCGUGAGCGCGACCGCGGAGGCUGCGGGCGUCGUCAACGCCGCGUCCGCGGGCGCGGCGGGGGGCGCGACCACGCCGAGAGAGAUGGAGCUGCUCGCCGCGGCGAUGAAGUCGGGGGAGGACGCCGCCGUCGCGAGGGAAGCCGCCGCCGCCGCGGAGGGCCACGCCGCGCACUACCGCGCGCUCGCGGAGCAGAACGACUCCGCGAUCAAAGAGAUGCAGACCGCGUUCGACGCGCUCAAGUCCGAUUCAGAGAAGCUCGCGUCGGACGCCGCCGCGGAGGCGGAGGCGUUGAGAGCGCGCGCCGCGGAGGCGGAGUCGAGCGCGGCGGCGAAGUGGCGAAGACGCGCGGAGGACGCCGAGGCGAAAGCCGCCGACGCGGACGCCGCGAAGAAGGAAGCCGCGGACGCGAUCGCGGCGUCCACCGCCGCAAAAGCCGCGGUCGCCGCCGCGGAGCAGAAAGUCGCCGAGCUCGCGGCGGACGUGGAGUCGCACCGCGCGCAGUGGAGGUCCGCGCAGCAGAUGUACGAGCAGGAGCUGCUUCAUCACGCCGAGGACGUCAAGAAGCUCAACGCCGAGGAGGCGCGACGCGCGGAGGAGGGCAAAGCCUUGGAGACGGCGCGGGAGAAGGCGCGCGAGGCUUCUGACGCGCUCGCGAAGGCGGAGGACGCGUGGGCGAACGAGCGCGGCGUCAUCGAGAAGGCGAAGCGCGACGCGGAGGCGAACGCGGCGAAGCUCGCGAGUCAAAACGCGCUGCUCCACGACCGGCUCGAGGACGCGUCCAAGGCGAACGGUCAGGCGGGCGCGGGCGACGCGGGAUCGGGCGACGAGAACCUCCGCGAGGUGGUCCGGUUCCUGCGCGAGGAGAAAGAGGCCGCGGUGUGCCAACUCGAGGUGGUUUCGAUGGAGAGAAGCAGAUGGCAGCGUCAGGCGGAGAGCGCGAGGGAGGAGCUCGACAAGGCGCGGAAUGACCGCGCCGAGGAGGACGCCGCGGGGGGCAAACGCGACGCGGACGGCGAAGAGAAAUACCGCGCCCUCCUCGCCAAGGUGGAACACCUGCACGUCGUUCAAGAGAGCAACAGCACGCUGCGCGCGGAGCUCGAGGCGGCGAGAGGGACGAUCGCGGACGCGAAGAAGACGGUCGCGGACGCGACGGCGGCGGCGGAGCUGGCGCGACGGGAAGCCGCGAGCGCCAAAGCCGUCGCGGACGGCGCCGCGGGCGAACGCGAGCUCCUUCAAGCGGACGCGAAGCGCUGGGAGACGCGGACGCAGCAGCUGCUGGAUAAGUACGGCCAGAUCGACCUGGACGAGCACAACAAGGUGAAGAAGGAGCUCGAGGAGGCGAAGAAAGCCGCCGCGGACGCCGCGGCGAAGCUCGAGGCGGCCGCCGCGGAGGCGUCCGAGGCGUCCGCCGCGGAGCUCGCCGCAGCCACCGCGCGCGCGGACAAGUCCGGGUCCCAGCUCGAGAUCGCCAAGAAGCACAUCCAGAGCUACAACCCGGCGAAGGUGCCGCUGCCGCAGUGGAAGGAAAACCAGGCGAAGAUGAAAGCGCGCGUCGCCGAGCUCGAAGCCGCGGCGACGGCGUGGGAGAAGGAAAAGGCGGACCUCGAAGCGAAAGCCGCGGCGGCGGCGGCGGCGGCGGCGACCGCGGGCGACGCCGCGAUGGACGUCGACGCCGCCGCCGCGCCCGCGCCCGCGGAAUGGCAGAAGGAGAAGGAAUCGCUCGAGGCCAAGCUCCAGGCGGCGACGGACGCGGUCGCGGCCGCCGGGUCAGCAGGGGACCAGGGCGACAUGGUGGCGAAGAUUCGCGCGACGGCGUUGAAGAAGCAACAGAUGGUGAAGAAGCUGGAGCAGCAGGUGGCGGCGCAGAAGACCGCGUUGGACGAGGCGGCGGCGGAGUGCGACGCCGCGGUGAAGGCGAAGGAGGCGAAGGAGAAGGAGAUGGAGAUCGUGUCCAUGCGGAUGAAGAUCGUCGAGCAGGAGAAGGCGGCGUUGGAGAAGAAGGCUGGCGGCGGCGCGCCCGCCGGCGCCGCCGCGCCGGCGCCGAAAAAGAGCGUCCCCGCGCCCGUCGCCGCCGCCGCCAAGAGCGUCCCCGCGCCCGUCGCCGCCGCCGCCGCCAAGAAGAAGCAGUACCGCCAAAUAAAAGGCGUCAAGUACGACGACGCCGCGCUGAAGCUGUGCGAAAACGCGAACCUCGACGGUGGACAGGUUUCCAUGGACGACGCGAAGGCGAUUUACGCGGAGGUGCUCGACGGCGGGCGCGUCACCCCCGUCGAGCGCGCGACGCUGCGGUACGUCGCCGACGGCGGCGCGGACGGGACGCAGUACCGCGUGGACGCGAGCGCGAGCGCGUGGCUCAGGGCGCGAUGCGAGGAGCACGAGGCGAAGGCGACGCCGACGCCGACGCCGAAGAAGGCUGAUAACGCGGCGGUGAACCCGUUCGCGCGAGGCGCCGCCGCCGCGCCGGCGGUGGCGGCGGCCGAGGACGGGGAGAAGAAGAAGGCUGCCGAGGCGAAGGCUGAGGCGGAGGCGCGAGCCGCCGCGAAGAAGGCGGUGCUCGAGGCGAAGAUCAAGGCUGCGGAGGAAGCGAACACGGCGAAGAAGAAGGAGGUGGACGAAGCGAACGCGAAGAAGGCGGCGGCGACGAAGAAGGCUGCGGAGGACGCGGCGGCGGCGGCGGCCAAGGCGAGCGCCGCCGCCGCCGCGGCGACGGCGGGCUCGGAGAUCGAGGAAGCCGCGCCUGACGCUGAGGCGUUCUCCCCGACCGCCGCCGCGUUCGCGGACUCGCUGCUCACAGAAGCGGGGGGCGACGCGCCCGCGGAGCCCGCGGCGCCCGCGGCGGCGUCGACGACUCCCGCGGCGAGCAACCCGUUCGCCGCCGUCGCCGCGGCGGCGUCGACGCCCCCGAAGGCGGCGGCGUCCCCGAAGGCGGCGGCGUCCCCGGCGCCCGCGUCCGCCGGCGCGAAGAAAACCACCGCGGAGCUCCUGGCGGAGAAGAAGAAGGCGACGCUCCUCGCGAACCAAGAGAAGGCUCGGAAAGCGAAGGCGGACAUGGAGAAGGCGCUCGCGGAGAAGACCGCGCAGCUCGAGGAGAUGCGACGGCGCGUCGCCGCCGCGGAUCUCGCCAACGCCAACGCCGGCGGGAACAAACGGAAAGCCGCGGGGGACGCCGACGGCGCGGACGCGACGCCGGCGAAGACGCUCAAGGCGACGGCGCCGCCGUUCGUGCCUUCGCCCCUUCGCGCGGCCGCGGCGGCGACGCCGGCGGCCGUCGUCGCGAUGGACGACGGCGAGGGCGCGGCGAAGCCGGCGGCGGCGACCGCCGGCGGACGCGGCGGCGGCGGCGGGAGAGGGACCAAGUCGCCCCCCGUCAAGCCCGCCGCGGGCGCGCCUCCGGCGGAGGAGACGACGAAAGAGAAAUCGCCCCUGGCGGCCGGGGCAGGGCGUGGACGUGGACGCAAGGGCGCGCGGGGCGGCGGACGCGGGCGCGGUAGGAAGGGCGGCGACGGCGGCGCGGGCGGAGGUGGGAAUCCCUUCGCCGCGCUCGGCGGCGGCGGCGAGUGA